GAAUGAAGGAGAUCAGCCGCCUGAGAGAGAUUCGGCGGUUAAUCCUGAGGAGAUUUCGGCGGACACAGUUCUCAAGAGGAAUACUUCAGCUGCAAAAAGUGGAUGAGUGCAGGAAAAAGUGGAGAGAUCUCAGAGAUGUUUAUGUUAGGGAAAAGAGAGAGGAGAAGAAGAAAAAAAGUGGAGCAGCUGCUACCCAGAAACGUCCUUGGAGGUACUAUCACAUUAUGUCUUUCCUCCUUCCAUUUAUCUCUUCUCGGCCAACAUCUGGGAACAUGGAAGAGGAGAGGGGAGAAGGGAGAAAAGAUGAGGAAGACAUAGCAGAUGUAAGCACGGAGGAAAGACAUGAUCAAGAAAUGCAGGGAGGGAAGGACAUGGCAGAAAGGCACAGGGUAGAAAGCAGUGCAGAAGAGAGCAGGAUGGAUAGUCUGGUAGAGGACAUGACUGGAGAGGAGGGCAGAAAGAGGCAGAGCACAGACUUUACCCAGUCCCGACAACGCCGCAGACGAGUAGAGGCAGCAUCGUUAUCUUGUUUUGAAAGGAAAAUUGUUGAAGCAAUUGAAAGUUCCAACCAUCCAACCCCUGAUGGAUCAGAAGAUCCUGAUAUGCAGUUUCUGCAGAGUUUGCUUCCAGCCCUGAAGAGACUUGAUCCAAGAUCCAGAGAACUCACCAAGCUGAAAAUCCACCAGUUAAUUUUCGAAGCCGAGUUUAACUGUGAGUUUUGAUCUCAGACUUCAUAUUCUUUUUAAAAUUGUGAAUGGUGGUGAUAUUGUAUUAAAAACAUAACUGUACUUAUAUAUAUUUUUAUUUUUUUUUGCAGAAAUUUUCAUCAGGACCUCUGAUUGGACCUCUUCUCUCUCUCUCUCUCUCUCUCUCUCUCACACACACACACACACACACACACACACAAACGUUCCAUGUACACCACUCAAAACCCAUACUUGUUACUCAACAUCUCUAAUAAAAAUUUUGAUUACUCAUUUAAUUGAAGUUGUGUUAGUUGCUACCAUGCUUUUUUGUUUAGGCAGUCAGUACUCAGAUACAUCUGCUUUAGAUGUGAUUGUAAUGUCGUAUAAAAUAUAAUUUUCAGAAGUACUAUUGAAUUCUAAAGCUAGAGUAAAAACUGUCAUGAUGAUGAUGAUAAUAAUAGUAAUAAAUUUAAAACUAUGAUAAUGGCUAAAACAAUAAUAAUAAUAGUAAUAGUAAUAAUAAUAAAUAUUACAGAGUCAACCUUUAAUAUCAACCAUAAUAAUAAUAAUAAUAAUACAAAAGCUGCAGGUUUUAUUAUUUGAUAUCAUUUAAUUGGGAACAUUUGGCAUGCACAAGAAAUAAGAGACACACACACACUAAACUCAAAAAAGGCUUUUGUUAAACUGUGGUGGCCCUUAAAAGGGCCUUUGGUCUGUAGAAAGGGCUAGGACACCAGAUGCUGCCAUGGAACCUCACCGUGUACAGAGGAAAAGAAGGACGUGUAGGUUUCCCUCACAUGGACAGCCUCCCUUGAGGAAUUAUUAGUGCCUUGACGUGUGAUGCCUUGCAUGCUGCAGUUUGGUCCAUCCAUCACUGGUGCAGAGGGGUGAGUUGUUUUGUUUCUCCGCAGGAGAUUGUGGAGGACACAUGUCGCUUUCACACAGGCUUCUACAUUGUGUGGGUGCUGACCCAUGACUCGGUGGUACAUUCUGAACCUAGACGCCAGGAUGCCAAAUGCAUU